GUGUCGGGGGUGUCUGACGUCGACGGCCCCGCGGCCCCGGGGCCCCUCCCACCGGCUCUGGCAUUCAGGUGCAGCCUCCCUCCCUCUAUAAAGCCCUGGUGAGCUCUGUGAUCCUGGAUGGAUCUGAGGCUGUCUGGCCCCCGCAGCCGGAGCUUCACGAUGAGACUGUCUUUCUGCACGGUGAUCUGCUGCUGCGUGUUGACGGCGGCGCUGCCCCCGGUGAGAGGAGAGGAGCCGGGCAGCACCCUGAGGAGAAGGUUUAAGGUCUGGCUGCAGACACACAUGAGGAGGGACUCGCCCGCCGGCCCUGUGGGCGCCGACGAGGACGCUGACCCCCGGGUCGGGCCGCCGCCGCGGGACGGGGAUGCAGCGCUGCCGCCAUCAUCCAGCGUCGGAGCAAACGUCCGGUCCAGGAGGUCGUCCAAGCCGUCUGGCUGCCUCCUGAUCACGUGUUUGUUCCACGACCUGGUCCACCAGGUGCACGAGGUGACCAACACGCAGAAGGUCCGCUGCGCCCCCAAAGACAAGAUCGGCUCCAAGGGAUACGGCCGCCGCCGGCGCUCCCAGGACGACGCCCCCCAGGAAGAUGACGCCCCCGAAGACGACCUCCAGACCGGGACAAAACUAAAGUGCAAUGAAGAUGGUCAGCACGGCAGAAAACACAAAACACACGCAUAGCGACGCGGCGGCUCUGAUGGGACGGAGUCCUGCCGGGCCUCCUGGCCGCUCCGCCGGCCGGCCCGGGGAGCGGGGGCGGGGCUUAGCGGCGGGCCCGCGGCGCGUCUCAGCACCACUCUCAUUAAUUGAUGCAUUCGGGCCAGAGCUGUGGGACUUGACGAGAAUGUGUGUCUCUUCUCCAGCGGAGCCCGAGGAGCGUCCCUGAGCGGAGGGGGAACCACCGAGGCCAGGGGUCGGCACUUUAAUGGGCCCCGAACUGCCAGUGACACGGGAAGGGAGCCGGCGAGCUCCUCGUCGUGUCACGUCUGUAGUCAGAAACAUGUAACAGCAACCUGUAUAUAAACAAAUGUAUAAAAUACACUAUCAAGCUUAUUUUUGUACUAACUUCAGUGGAUCACUGAUGUCUCUUCUGUCCUGCUCUGCUCCGCGAGGAGUUUUAUCUGACAUGUGAUCCUCGCGGAGCUGCGUGGCGGAUCUGGAGGGUGGCGGCGCUGUGCUGCCACCUAGCUGACAGUCCGAGCACGUACUUCACAUUAAACGCUUCAUCCAACAGUC